AUUCAAAGUGAAACAGGAAAAGGAACAACAACUCUUCCACAUUUUGUUGUUUAUUUUUCUUGAAAAUUUUCAAUGAAAGAAAAUUUAAAUAAAUAAACUUGAAAUUUAAUAUUUAGCAUUCUGAAGAAAUAUAAAUUAAAUUUGAUUUUAAAUACUCGGCAAUAGAAACAAAAUAUAUUUUCAUACAUUAUUCAAAUAAAAAUCUAAAAAAAAAUUAUAAAAUUGUUUUUGUUAAUUAAAACCAGUUUGUUGUUUGUGAUAUUAUUUGAGAAAAAAAAUUGGUGUCAAUAGAUUUAAUCAAAUGAGACCAUCUUUAAUAUUCUGUAUCAAUUAUCACAUGACAUAUUUAAAAUACAUCUUUGCACAAUAAAAUGAAGAUAAUUAUUACAUCAAUAAUCACAUUGUUAAUAACAAUAAAAUUAUCAAGCUGUGAUAAUUUUUUUGAUCUUCCAUCAAGUUAUGAUAUACCAACAAAAAAAUUACCAACUCAUGCUGAAUAUGAUUUUAUAAUUGUCGGUGCUGGUUCUGGUGGUUCACCAGUAACCAACAGAUUAUCUGAAAAUAAAAAUUGGAAUAUAUUACUUCUUGAAGCUGGUAAACAUGAAGGAAUAUUUAAUCAAAUACCAGUAUUAGCAACAGCAUUUCAAUUUUCAAAUUAUAAUUGGGGUUAUCGUGUUGAACCAAGUAAAAAUGCAUGUUUAGGAAUGAAAGAUAAACGUUGUACUUGGCCAAGAGGUAAAUCACUUGGUGGUACAAGUACACUAAAUAACAUGAUUCAUACACGUGGUAAUAAAUUGGACUUUGAUAAAUGGUCUGAAAUGGGUAAUUAUGGUUGGUCUUUUAACGAGGUACUUCCAUAUUUCAAAAAGAGUGAAAAAUUUCAUGUAACAGGAAAAUAUGAUAAAUCUUAUCAUAAUUCUGAUGGUAAUGUUUGUGUUGAAUAUUCACCUUAUCAGAGUCCACUAGCAACGACAUUUCUACGUGCUGGUCAACAAUUGGGCUACAAUAUAACUGAUGUUAAUGGAGCAGAACAAGUUGGGUUUUCAUAUGUACCAUUUAAUUUAGAUAAAGGUGCACGUUGUAGUGCUGCUAAAGCUUAUCUUCGUGUUAAAAGAUCAAAUCUUGAUAUUGUUACUGAAGCAAGAGUACUUAGAGUUUUAAUAAAUUCUCAAAAUAAAGCAUACGGUGUUGAGUAUGAAAAAAAAGGUGAAAAAUAUAAAGUUUAUUCGAGUAAAGAAAUUAUUUUAUCUGCUGGAACAAUUGAUACACCAAAAUUAUUAAUGCUAUCUGGUAUUGGACCAAAAGAACAUUUAAAAAAACUUGGUAUACCAGUUGUAAAAGACUCACAAGUUGGUGGCAAUCUUCAAGAACACAUUGGCUUUUGGGGUUUAACAUUUUUAGUCAACAAACCAGUAACUCUUAUGAUGAGACGUAUAUUUACAUUGCCAAUGAUAUCAAAAUAUUUAUUCAAAAGAAAUGGACCAUUUUCAUUACCAGGUGGACCAGAAUCAAUAGCAUUUUUAAAAACAAAAUAUGCUAAUGAUUCUAGGCCUGAUGUGGAGGUAUUAUUUAUUGGUGCUGCGUUGAAUACUGAUUAUGGAAUUGCUUAUAGAAGAGGCUAUGGAAUUUCUGAUGAUGUUUAUUAUAAAAUUUAUAAACCAAUUGAGGGUAAAGAUACAUUUACCAUUUGGCCUAUAUUACAAUAUCCAAAAAGUCGUGGUAAAAUAUUACUGAGGUCUAAAAAUCCUAAUGAUGAUCCAAUAAUAAAUGGCAAUUUUUUUGAUGAUCCAUUGGAUGUUGAAAUUAUUUUGGAGGGUAUUAAGUAUGCUAUUGAACUUGUUGAUACUGAGCCAUUUAAAGAAUACAGUCCAAAAAUAAAUACUUUAAAAGUACCUGGUUGUGAUCAUUUUAAUUUUGGUAGUGAUGAUUAUUGGAGAUGUGCUAUUCGUCAUAUUCCAGCGAUGGAAAAUCAUGAAGUUGGCACUGUUAAAAUGGGACCAAUUGAUGAUCCAAGUGCAGUUGUUGAUCCAGAAUUAAAAGUUUAUGGGGUUGAUGGUUUGAGAUGUUCUGAUGCUUCUAUAAUGCCAUUGAUUCCAGCUGGACAUAUUAAUGCAAAUAUUUAUAUGAUUGGAGAAAAAGCAGCUGAUAUGAUUAUAAAAAAAUAUCAAGGUUAUUAAAAUACCUGAAAAACAAAUCAUUAGCCAUUUGAUUUUAAGUAUUUUUUAAUAUUAAUUUAAAUAAUUGGAUUCAUUUUUUAAAUUAUUAAAUUAUUUGAGGUAAUUAUUUUAUAUUAAAAGAACAAACUACCUCUUAUAAUUAUUAUGUUUGUAUAUAAUUUUUUAAAAUUGAAUUAAAUAUAGUUUAUAAAAAUAAAUAUACAAAUUUUUUUACAUAGUAAUUAAUUGUUAGAAAUAAUUUACAAAUACAAAAAUAAAAUAAUUUAUUUUGUAUGUUAAUUUUAAGAUAAUAAAAAAAAAAUAAAA